AUGGACAUGCCUUUCGAUGUUAGUGAACCUCAAGUUGAAGGACACGACGGCUUUGCCAGAUUCUACUGGAAACAUGACGAACAAUUGCAUCCUUUGAGAAGGAAAAAAGGUAGUGCAGAGGAUGGUCAUGCUCCCAUGGAAAGAACAAAAUAUGCAUAUGAGAAGUACCGUGAAGUUAGAAGUCAAAUUACAUCUGGUCGAACCUUUACAGUAAACUUUGACGAAGGAAAGAACAAAGAAGGCUUCAUGGGAGUACUUGCUGCCAUACAAGACGGAAAUAAGAAAGGACACAAUCUCAGAUUGACCAUAACAGAUUUGGAUGGUCACAUUUACUAUGCACAUGGCAAUGAACAAACAGCCGCAAAACUUCUUGACGCUUUCAAGACUACAAAGAGAGAACAAAUGGUUGACUCCGACUCAGACAUUUUGAAUGCAAUUGAAGGAAUUGCAAGUGUCAAGUUCGAAUGGUACCAACCUAACCCUCAAGCAGUCAGACAACAUGCUGGAUACUUCCCGUUCAUAAAUAAGUCUGACAUUGACUUGACAAGGUAUGGAAUUUACAAUUCAAUUGAAACAAUUGUCAACGAACCUUGCAUUCUUACAUGUCUCAGGAACUCUGGUCUUGUUACAGAUGAGAAGAUGAAGUAUCUUGAGUCAUGUGUGAAGACAAGGUACAUUCUCAGAGGUCAAUUGGCAAAAAUUGCACCGUUGGCAAAUGUCAAUAUCCGAGUCAACAUACCUACAGCUAAAGGUUCUUCACAUGACGACUAUGUUGUUGAGUUCAAUUUACCAUGG